UUACAAGUCGUCCGACUAAUCGCGAUUAGUCGGGCUGGUCGCCUGGAGAUGGGCGAUUAGGAGGACGACGCGAUUAGGGUUUCUAGUCGUCCGACUAGUCGUCGACCUGGGCGAUUAGUCGCCUGGUCGAGCGAAGUCUAGUCGUUUUUGGUCGUUUCAGUUCUGGACUUUUGGUACUGGGCUUCCCUCUGGUUUUUGGCCCAUCUACAGUAGCGCCCCUUCAGAAACCCCCCAGGCUCCCAGCCGCCAGAACAUUUCCUAGCCGCCAGAAAACCCUAAUCCUCUCCUCUCCUCUGUCCUUGCCGACAUCUCUCUCCUCUCCUCUGUCCUUGCCGGCGUCUCUGCUCCAGCGGUCAGGCCUCCAAGUGCUCCAGCCGUCCGGUGUCUGCCAGCUACUCAGCUAGUCAAGAAUUGAAGAUGAGCUCGUCAUCUGAAGAUUUUAAUGGUGGCUGUGGACGUGCUAAUAACGUUGAGGUCUUAUUCCCUGAGUCAAAUAUGGUCGGCAGUGAAAGUCAAAGUGCUUCUGUUCCUCAAGUGGCCUCAAAUGCAGGUAGCACUGGUCCUGCGUCUGCUUUAUCAGCUGCUGCAGAUUGUAAAACCCUUGCUGAAAAGGCAAUUGCAGCACUCCCUCCUGAGCUUAGUGCACAAGCAAAUGACCCCAAGAGAAAGGCAAGGUCACAGGACCCAGGAUGGCAGUUUGGGUGGUGGCCAGACACAACAAAGAAGGACUUUGUUCAGUGUGUCUUCUGUAAGAAGAUUGUGCCAUCUGGAAUCAAGAGGUUUAAGCAGCAUCUAGCCGGUGGGUUUGGUGACACCAUGAAGUGUGCUAGAGUACCAGAAGUGGUUUCAAAGGAGAUGCACACCUAUCUGAGAAGGAACAUGAGGGUUGUGAUUUCUGCGGAUGGUGAUGAAGGUGAAGAGGAAGGGGAGCAGAUUGAUGUAGGCCCCCUACCAAGUUCUGGGACAAAAACCAAGCAAACAAAAAAGCAAAUUGCUCAAGCUUCCAUGUCUUCAUUUGUUGUAGCAGCUCCUAUAAAACCAAAUACACAGAAGGCAAGCAAAUCAGUGAGUGCCAUGCUUUGCAAGACUCCAGAGGAAGUUGUAGCAGAGAGACAUAAAAAUAGAACUUCUCAGACCACUCUUGAGCAUUGCACAAAGAAAGGAACAGAAGCAAAGCAAAUUGUUGACGACCAUGUAGCUGAUUUUCUAUAUGAGAACAAGAUUCCAUUGAAUGUCGUCAAUUCAAGAAGCUGGCAGAUUAUGAUGGAGUCCAUUGGUCAGUAUGGUCCUGGAUAUCGUGGCCCAUCAUACUAUGAGGCAAGGGUACCUUGGCUUGAAAGGGCAGUGAAGAGAACAUCAACAUUGAGAGCUAAGCACGAAGAGGCUUGGAAGGAAUAUGGUUGCUCAAUUAUGUCAGAUGGGUGGACUGACAUACGACAACGGCAUUUGAUAAACUUCCUUGCCAACAGUCCAGCGGGGACCUACUUCUUAGGUUCUGUCGAUGCAUCAAGUGAGAUAGCAAAUGCCAAUAUGUUGGCAGAUCUAUUGGAGAAGCAAAUAAUUAAGGUGGGGAAAGAACAUGUGGUCCAAGUGAUCACUGACAAUGGAGCCAAUUUCAAAGCAGCAGGGAGGAUCCUUAUGGACAGAAUUCCCCAUCUGUUUUGGACUCCUUGUGCUGCGCAUUGCUUGGAUUUGUUGUUGGAGGAUAUUGGCAAGAUCAAGGAGUUCAACACUUGCAUCAACAUGGCCAAGAAGGUUUCGAGGUUCCUGUACAAGCAUGGGCGACUUCACAGCCUAAUGAGAGAAAAGCUAGGUGGGGACCUUGUUAGGCCAGGUGUGACUCGAUUUGCAACAUCAUUCUUGACUUUGGCAAGCAUGUAUAAGCAUAAGAGUAAAUUACAAGGCUUGUUUGUUAGUGAUGAAUGGAACGGGUCUAAAUUUGCCCUAGUUAAAGAAGGUGAACAAGCUGAAAAUAUUGUCCUUUCAGUAUCAUUUUGGCAAACUCUUGAAAAUUGUCUUCGGGCUUCACAACCACUACUCAUUGCUCUAAGGAUUGCUGACGGUGAUGAGACGCCAGCAGCUCCAGAGAUAAUGGCAGCUAUGGACAAAGCAAAAGCUACCAUACAGGAGUCUUUGAAAGAGAAGCCACGAUUACUUGCUGAAGUAAUCUCAUGCUUUGAGAAGAGGUGGGAUACUCAGAUGGAGCAAAAAUUAUAUGGGGCAGCCCUUUAUUUGAAUCCAGGUAAAUUCUUUACCUUAAGGGAUAAAGACAGGAGGCAAGCUGCAAGACUUCGAGCUAUGUUCAAUGAUGUUUUGUGGAAAAUGAUCAGUGAUGAGGAUGAGCAAACAAAAAUAAGUAAACAAGCAGAUGACUAUGAAAGAUCAGAAGGGGAAUGCUUUUCAAAGGCUGGAGCAAUAAGAGAAAGAGAGAAAAAAAGUCCUAUCCUAUGGUGGGGUGCAUAUGGAGGACUGGCAUAUGAACUACAAAGCUUAGCAAAAAGGGUUAUAAGCCUAUGUUGUGCAGCUUCAGGUUGUGAGAGAAAUUGGUCAGAUUUUGCAGCAAUCCAUACAAAAAAGAGAAACCGACUAGAACACCAGAGGCUUAAUAAAUUGGUCUAUGUCAGUUACAAUAGGAAGAUGGAAAAUAGGUUUCAAACACUAAGAGAGCUGGGAUCCAAAGGAAAAAGAAGCAACCCACUGGUGCUUGAAGAGUUCAUGUGGGAAAAUGAAUGGGUUGAAGAAAAUGAAGAUGAUGGUGACAACAACAUAUGGCAUGCUGUGGAUGAGGCUUUAGGAGCAACUCAGGCUCUUCGAGGCAGAAACUUGCCAAGAAUAGCUGCUGCAGGUGCCGGUUCGUCUUCUCAGCCUCAACGAACAUAUGUUAGGACAAGGAAGCGUUCAAGAAAUACAGCAGCUCAAGAUAUUGGAGAGGAGGAUAGUGAUGAUCAAGAAGAUGGUGUUGCUGCAGCACAAGCAGAACAAACCCAAGAAGCAACUGGAUUGGACGAAGAUGGUGCUGCUGCUGAUGCAUUUUGUUUGGAUGCUGAUCUGCUCUAGGUAGCAGCCAGCAGGUAAUAUUACUUUCAGUUUAGACUUUGGAUGGAUUCAGUUUUACACUUUUACUGAAUUACUGCUAGUCUGCUACUAAUUAUGUCUAUAUUAUUGCAGAAAUGCAGUGUUUAUAUAGUUAAUAUAUAGUUAUAUACAUAUACAUAUGUCCUUAAAUCCAUAGGACGACUAACGGACGACCAGAGGUCGACCAGGACCGAUUAGGUCGACUAAUCGUCGCCCUAAUCGCGAUUAGUCGCCUGGUCGCCCCUCUCACUCGACCAGCUGGUCGCCCGACUUGUAAACAUUGGAGCUGGCAACAUAUUUUUUUGAAAAAAAAAACUAAUAAGUUGGACCAUUUAUCUGUAGGAUACAAAUUGUAGAAUACCAUACCUUGGUGCUGCUGUCAAUGGGUAAAUGGACUUUGAAUCCGAGAAGAAAUUAACAGCAUGAGGAACAUAAAGUUUCUAUAAGGCUGGUUUGCACAGAAGUGUCCAUUCUUGUGUGGAGUGCACUAUAACUAUACAACAAAUACAAGACAACAUCCACUCAUCCAGUCAUCCACGUUAUGGUUCACUAUAGUAAAAACAUCAAUGAGGUGUUUCUGCUAGGUUCAGAACGCAGAAUUGGGAUCAGCGAUUGGAACUAUUUCCUUGGUAAGGCCCCAUUAGAACAAUUGUUUAGUAAAAUAUCAUCAUCGUAGCACAA